UGCCUGCAGUCGGUGCCUGGUCCUCGGGCGCUUGGCGGCUGCAGCCGUGCGGCUCGGAGCUCUGCCCGGUUCGGUCGGAGCUGCCCGGUGCUCGGCGCUGCAGCGUCCCGCGGGUGGAGCAGGUUUCGGCUCCCGCGGGACUGCAGUGCCUGACCAGCGCGGAGGGUCGGGGUGUGUCUGUGCUGAGCACGGGUCGGUCACGCUGCUCAGAGCCGGGCGCGUCUCUGAUUGUCCGGGAUACGUGAGGCUCGGAGGAGGGCACUGCCAAGGGUGGGACGGAAUCUCUCGGUGCUGGCCCUUUGCUUUAGCAGUGUGAGCGGAGUUAAAACCAGCUGGGUGGGCAGAUUCCUUGAGGAAAAAAUUGCUGUGGAAGCGCUCAGGGUUGGAUGACCUCACCAGGGGACGCCCAGGGUGGGGAACAGAGGAGGCAGUCCUGGCUUCACAGGUAAUUUGGGGAGUCAUUGGAUGAGAGUGCGUGAGCUAAUUUGCCAGCAGCAAAUAAACAGAGUAUGAAAUCCACACUGGGAGAGAGUGUUUUUGUGCAGCGUGCCAGUCACUGCUGACAGACCGUGCUCCUGUGCCUGCCAGUGCUGUGGAGCCCAUGGGGGAGCACAGCCCUUGCUCUGCCCACACUGGAGCAGGUGACAUCACCGUGUUUACACGGGGCUCAUGGCAGGGUUCUGCAUCAGGAGUGUGGGGAAGGGCCCGUGUUGGUUCAUGCGUGGUGCUGUCAGUUCCCAUGUGCUGCCGCUGAGCUGAGCGGAGAAUUGGCUGUGCUUGUGCUGAGUUCAGGGCUUUUGAGCUCUGGGGAAAUGUGUUGAGGCUGCAGUUUCUUCAUUGCAGCCACAGUGUUUGGCACUUUUCGGUGUGAUCUUUCUUCAGGAAGCUAUCAAAAGCUGAUCCAUCAGCAGUCUGGAGAGUAAGGUGAAGUUUGGUCUCUGAUAUGUCGCCAGUUCUCUGCGUGUUCUCUUUGUGAGCUGCCAAACAGCCUGGUUAAAACAAGACCCGGGAAACUCUUUGUGUUGUUCUUCCCAUUCUGUUGAUUGCCUUGAGUGUUGCUGCACCGUGAAGAGGUGGGAUCACCGGGUUUUUGGGGACAGUCCAGUUGCAGCUCUGGUGUUGUGAGCGGCUCCUGCCUGAGAGGGUGUUGUGUUAGAGAAUGCAGAGGCAGGAAUGAGUCGCUGCCUCUGCUGUGUCUAGCUCUGCCAGCACAGCCAUUCCCCAGCCUGCUGAGGAGCACUCUUGCCAGUGCCCUGCAUUCGUGUGCCCUGUUUAUUUCAUUUUGGGUCUGCUGUAAUGAAGGCAGCCUGUGUGCCUGCCAGGCAGCUGUAAAUCCUUUAGUGACACAGGGCAAGCAAAUUCCCGUGGUCCCACUGACCACAGCUGCCCUUGAUGCCUUCCACUGACAAGGGGAUGGGGCAGGGAAGUGCUGCAGAGGCAUGCACACUGGUCUCUCCAACUAUUCCCUUUCCUCUACCCUUUUCCCAGCAGACAUGUUGUUUACCAGGUAGGAACAGAAGGAAUAAACAGCAGUCUGGGAAAGAGGGAAGAACUGAUUUCAUGCAGCAGUUGCUUGUGUUCUGCCUGUCCUGCCUUGUUGCAGCUGCCUUCCUUGGGCAGCAAAUGACCGUGCCUAUGCCAGUGUGGUCGGGUGCAGCAGACAUCUUGUUGGAAGGAGCAUUGUCCUCUAGGUAUAUAAAAAUAGCCUGGCUCCUGGCAGGCUGCAGGAAUAUUUCUGCUGAUGUUCUGGGGACUGCUAGUCCUGUUCACCUCCCGUAGGUCGUAGAUGCACUGUAGGAAGCCUGUGCCACAGCUGCUGGAAGAGCACAAAGUCAUAUUUGCUGAUGUGUGCAUUUGGUUCUGGUCUGUAACCGGACAUCGGUGCUGCUGGGAGUAAGGCAGGGGCAAACAAAAUUGUUGUUUGACACCUGUGAGAUGAAAGGGGCAGAGGCACCUGUAGGCUGCACAGGAAUACUGGGCAGGGCUGAGUGGGUGCAGUCUGAGAGGGGAGUGCAGUUUGGGCUGUUUGGGGCACAGCCAUGUCUGCCAGGUGGUGUUUGUGUGGAUCAAUUCCUUGGGCAGUGCAGCAGCACUGAACUGAAAAGCCUGAGGGGAAGAGGCAUGUGGGGAAAGAAGCAGGAGCGUGGGUAUGAGUCUCUGUAAAGCAGGCCUGGAAAUUGCUCUUACCAGUUCUGAAGUCUUGUCUUCCAUGGCAGGGAAAGAGUCUGCUCCACUCUGUUUUUUAGCACCUUUAAUCUUUGUUUUCUUGUGAGAACACCUUGGCUCUGAAGAUAAGGAGGCAGAAUGUGUUUCUGAGCCCUGGCAUGCCAGGGAUUUACAGAACCCAGCUGACAAGGCUGUCGUGUUAUGACGACCCCCAACAAAGGAAACAAGGCCUUGAAGGUGAAGAGGGAGCCAGGCGAGAAUGGGACCAGCUUGACAGAUGAGGAGCUGGUGACCAUGUCUGUGCGAGAGCUGAACCAGCAUCUACGGGGCCUGUCCAAAGAGGAGAUCAUCCAGCUGAAGCAGCGCCGGCGCACGCUGAAGAACCGCGGCUACGCAGCCAGCUGCAGAGUGAAGCGCGUUACCCAGAAGGAGGAACUGGAGAAGCAGAAGGCAGAGCUGCAGCAAGAAGUGGAGAAGCUGGCCUCAGAGAACGCCAGCAUGAAAAUGGAACUUGAUGCUCUCCGCUCCAAAUACGAGGCUCUCCAGAACUUCGCCAGAACCGUGGCCCGGAGCCCCGUGACCCCUGCACGGGGGCCUCUCGCUUCCAGUAUGGGGCCCCUCGUCCCUGGCAAGGUUGCUACUACUAGUGUCAUCACAAUAGUGAAAUCCAAAACGGACGCCCGGUCUUAGUGAAGUGAGCGUUGCCUGAGCUUGUCUGUGCAGGGCAGUUAGGCACAAAACCAGCCUGGAAUCCCCAAAGCACAAGCCCUCCCCACAUGGGUCCGGGUUCCUUUGACUUGGCCCAGGACUGGCCCGCUGAUCGCUCCAGUUUAUUUUGUUGUGUCCAGAUUGGUAUGAGCAGUGGUGAUGCAUCCCUUGUCCUGUGCAGACAGAGCUUCCCACCCAGCAGUCUGUAGCCCUUGGGUGCCCUGGGGAACAGACUGUGAGAUUUUGGUUUUCUACCCAAAGAAAAUCUGUGCAGCGUGGCUGACAGAAGGGUGGAGGAGUGGCCCGAGGAAAGCUUUCUUCCUGGGGGCUGGGAACCCUAAUUUUCGGUCACUUCCAAAGGCUUUAUUUCAUGACUCUUCCAGGUGGUGCAUCUCAGCGCCUGAACCUGCUGCUUUUGUCUCCUUUGGUACCUGUAGUUACAGUUGGGGUGUUCUGUGUCAUAGGUUUUUAUUCCUUUCUAGGUGUGCCUCUGUGCCCUAACCGUGGGUUUCCCUCAGACGUCCAUGGCGUUGGCUGUGUAAACUGGCAGUGGUGGGAAGGAUGGCGCUGCUGUGUCCUGCCACUGUGGUCCUGAGGCCCUGCAGGGCCCAGCACCCUGGGAGGGAAGAAGGGAGCAGUGGUACUGUGUUGACUGCAGGCCGGUUUUGUGCCUAAUGUGUUGCACUGAACAAGACCAAAAUCACUAGUUGUUCCCGUGUUUUGAGGGUAUCAAGUGUCUCUAGUGUGAUGGUUUACACAACCAGUUUAUGUGGUUAAAUAGCCCUUUAUUUAAAGAGAGAAACAUCAUUUUAAGAGUUAUUAAAUUAUCUAAGUUUAAAAUUGGACAGAAGAGAGAGCGUAUUUAUAGUCAGCUUUUUUACCUGAGAAGGCGAGAAUAUUUGACCAUAUGAGUGGGGAAAUAUUCUCAGAGACUUUGCUAGUUAAAAGUUAAUAAAUAAAUAAUUUUAAAGUUUCUCAUGAACCUCCCGCAAACUGUUUGUGGCUCUGAGGUUAGUUUUUAUAAAGAGUUAUCAGACUUUAUUUAUAAAACCUAGAAAAAGACAAAAAAAGAGGCAAGUCCUGUUUGAUAUCUUUUUGCAAUUGUACCAAAAGUGACUUAUUCUUGACCUUGCUAGUUUCUGUCGUGUUCCCUUGUGUUGGGCACUCUGCUCCCCGAGCUCUCGUGCGGCGCUGUGCUGUGCUGGUGCCUUUGCCACGUGCUGUCAUUUCACACUGUUGUCGUUUUCCCUAAACUCGACCGAGAGAUUGAGUUGGAAUCUCUCUGAACUCUCCAGAAGGGUUCUGGUGCAUAGGCAAAGGUGAUGCUGUUUUUGAAGACGAGGGUGGCUGGCUGGUGCAGCGAGGUAGCGACGCCUGACCAGAGCACAGGCAGCACCAGCCCCAGGUUAGCUUGGUUACUGGAGAGGAAAAACGCUGCACUUUCCUUCCUGCAGCAAACCUGUCAGAGAAGUAAUGUGAGGGAGACUUGUCCAGCUUUAGGAGAAGCCUGGUGGGAUUUAGCUCCUGUGGAAUUAGAUCCUGUGGUCAGAACUUAUGUUGUGCUCAUGGCUCACCUGAAAAAGAGGGACAAGUCUGCAGCCUGGGACAAGCUGGUCCGUGGUGCCCACACACUGCUGGCCAGCGAGCUGUGGCAGGAUCGCUGUCCUUCCUGGGGCAGCUUCUGCCCAGGGGCUUAGGAGAGUGCUCAGACUCACAGCUGUGAUGCAGCUGAGCAGCUGUUUGUGGCCAGGCUCCGUUUCCACAAACACUUUGACUCCCCUCUCCCCUUCCUACAGAUUUGAGCUGAUUUACUGAGUUUUAGAGAAGCGGGACAUGAGGGGGAAGGCCAUGUGUUCUCCUGGCUGCUGAAGAUCUGAGUGGAGGGGGCAAAUUGGGAUAACACAAGUGAAGUGAACCUCGUGGGAGGUUUGGCUAUCCUGGAUAGGUUUUGGGGAUGUUUCUCAUACCUGAACUGAUACUGCUGUCCCCGAACAGAGGAGCAGGUCAGCCUGAGAAGAGCUGCAGUGUGGCAGGAGAGGAGCUGGUAGUUGAUGGGGAUUUCCUGCUGGAGGAGAUCAGCUUUGCUCUGGUUGAUAUGGAAUUUAGCGAGUUGUUGGGAUGCUUUUCCAAGUAAACUUCCCAAAGGAGGAGCACGUUAGAACACUGCCUCCAGACUUCCCUCUUCCAGCCCUAGACUUUCUCUUCUCUGAAGUGUCUGAUGUGCCACUUCCAGCCACUCACCACACAGGCCACACACUGCACAGCACUCAGCAGGCUCUGGUCUUCCAGCUGGCUGUGUGGUGACUGGAGCAGUGACAUUUUUACAGAACACAGAGGCGUCCAGUUGUCCUGGGCUGUCAUUCCCAACCCUGUCCCUCCUAGACCCGGCCUGAGACUGAAUCAGCCAGAGCCCCUGGGAGCACAGCUGAGCCCCGAUCUGGGCUGGCACUGUGUGCAUGGGGCUGGUUAGGAUCUUGGUUCCACAGCUGGAGCUCCUGGUGUGAGGAGAGCUCCAUCCACACAGCAGGCAGCCACGGAGAGCUUGUUUAUUGUUUUGCUGUGUGGCAGGGAGCGUGCAGCCUGCUGCUGUCGUGGGGUGCGACAGGGCUGACAGCAGUGCUCACGGCGUGUCUCCUGCCCUGCUCUGUCCCUCCUCGCUCGGAGCCCGGCCCUGCUCCGAGUGCUGUGUGCUCACCGAGCACAGCUCGUGUGGGGAAGAGCAGGGCCAGGCCAGGCCGAAAGGUGCCACUGUGUCACGGAGCUCAGCGGGUCCGGCUGGAUGGCAGCGAGGCCCCCUGAGUGUUGCUUCCCCACGGGUUUGUUCUCAGUGAAGUUAGGAGCCCGAGCGAUGUAUUUCCGCAGUGUCCAAGGGGUGUCCCGUCCGGCCCGGGGGUGCUGUGCCCGUGCCAGGCCACCCUCGCCCGAGCCGUCACGCUGACCUCUCUCUCGUAUAUAGUGUUCUGGAGUGUGACAAUUCUUGUUCCUGAGGUGCUCGUCCGUUUGGUUUCCUGCUGUGAAGGGUGUCGUGUUCCCUUUCUCCUUUUCCUGGUGCCGUUCCGGGGCGCUGGGGAGGGGUCCUGCGCCGGCCCGGCUGGGGAGCGGCCCCGGCGCCCCCGGGAUUUGUGUAUCUUGUGAAUUGUGUACAGUCGCUCCCGGCCGGAGCCGGGGCUGGCGGACAGAAGGGUCACCAGAGGGCUCCGGGCUCGGUGCAGGCGGUAUUUAUUGCUAAGUUAUUGCCGUUAUUUAUUCUGUACAGUGUCCGCCGCCUUUGUACGCGACAAUAAACCGCUUCAACAGCC